AUGUACUUCUCUAGAUCGUUACUCGCAGCGGCUCUGAUGGCUGCUGCGCAGGCGCAAACACCCCCAGGAUUCGUUCCAGAGGUCAGCACAAAGUUAGAGGUCAUGUUCAACUCGACCACGGUGGAAACACCAGGACAAUUGCUUUCGAAAGCAGCUACAGCAAAUCAACCACGCUUCGCAUUAUCAAGCGAUCUCCUAGACUCAAGCGAUACCUACAUGCUUGUCAUGCUGGAUCUAGACCUCCCACCACUCAAUGGCACCACAGAGCGACGAGUCCUCUUGCAUGCCAUGAUUACAGAUUUCAAAGCUACACAACAACAAGUCGCUGGAUCAGCCGCACUCCUCGCAUCAACGGCAUCAGGCCCUGCAUCCUACCUACCACCUGGCCCACCAGCGACAGAUACCCAAGCACAUCGCUACGUAGAAUUGUUGUUUGAACAACCAGAUGGCUUCAAUGUCGAGGCAUCUGUAUUUGCAAAUGUGCAGGACAGGCUCAACUUUGACAUUGAGUCAUUUGCCGCAGAGAAUAACGUCGAUGCGCCGAUCGCUGCGAACUUUUUUACCGUGGAUGGACGUGCAUCUGCGGCUGCGUCUGGCACGCCUUCGAGUAGUGCAGGUUUUCCUAGAAAUACCCUGCAGCCUUUCGAGGGCGCUGCUGGGAGAAUGCUGUUACCGUGUGGGUGGGCGGCUUCGCUUGGAGCAGUUAUGCUGUUGACAAUGUAG